AUGAAUCAUAACUGUCACUUGGCUAAUUUGCAGAUGGUGAAAGAAGAAAUUGGUUUAGAUGCGUGGGAAUCUAUUAAAACAUCAUUUGUUGGAGUUAUUCUGAAGCUGAAAGAGCUGAAUUAUACCUGGUCAGCCAAGGCGGUUCACCAUUUACUUACAAACCAAUUGGUGGUUAAUAAUAUCCAUGAGAUAUGGAGUGCUAUAGAAGGUCAGGCAAUAAGGUUUUCGCUAUAUGAGUUUGGUGAUAUUACAAGUUUAAAUUGCGAGCCUUUCAACAUAAAUGAAGAGGUGGAGAUUGAUCAUAAACCAUUUUGGGAAAAGCUUGGUGUUUCUCCUUCACAUGGUCAUAUGCUUUCUGAGUUGCGGUUGUUGUUCACUAAAGUUAGGAAUUGGACGUUUGAGGAGAGAAGAAUGUUUGGUUUACUAUGUGUCUUGUCUGUUGGAGUACUUGGCAUCUCUCCAGGCAGUAGAAUUCCUUUGGAUCAAGCAAAGAGAGUCCUAGACAUAGAAGCAUUUGAUAGAUACCCUUGGGGGCGUGUGGGAUUUUCUAGCCUGAAAGGUGACUACGAUAUCGAAACAUGUCAGUUGCAUGACAUGAUGAGAGAAGUUUGUUUACGCAAAGCUGAAGAAGAGAAUUUCGUACAAACCAUUGACACAUCAACUGCAAAUUCGAAAUCUACUUUUUAUUCUCGCAGACUUGUUGUUGGACGUCAGCCUGCUUAUACAUUUGAUGUGGAUAAAGAGGUGAAGAAUCGAAGCCUUAGAACUCUCUUGUUUCUCGAGAGCAAAGGAGUGACAGCAACAAGUUUAUUGUUUACAAGUCAUAAGCUGAUGAGAGUGUUAGAUCUCUCUUAUAUGUGCUUUCAAUGGGGGAAGGUACCCACAAGCAUCGGGAAGCUCAUCCACUUGAGAUAUUUGAGUUUGAGAGAUGCACGUGUAAUUCAACUUCCUUUUUCUAUGCGGAAUCUGAAGAAGUUGCUCUAUUUAAACCUAGAUAUAUCAUUAGGUGGAGUUUACAUUCCCAAUAUCUUUAAUGAGAUGCGAGAAUUGAUAUUCUUGUCUUUUCCCAAGGGAUUACAUGAUGAGACAAAUUUGGAAUUGGGAAAUCUGGUCAAGCUGGAGACGUUGAAGAAUUUCAACACAAAACAUGGGAGAGUGACGGAUCUAGAGGGUAAGACACGGCUCAGAUCCCUCUCUUUCAAUAUUACAGACAAGGGCUAUACCAUUAAGACUCUAUCUUCAUCUCUACGUGAAAUGAGAUGCUUGGAGAGUCUUACUAUAUAUCAUUACAAGUUGUAUACUCGCACGAAUGAUGAUGAUGAAGAAGGAUUUGUUUGGGAUUUUGUUAAUCUCAAACAGCUGUGGUUGGAGAAGAUAUAUAUGCCAAGGUUACCUGAUGCGCAACAUUUUCCUUCUCAACUCUUAACUAUAUUUCUAAGUGAUUGUUAUUUGGAGAAGGAUCCAAUGACGAUUCUAGAGAAAUUGCUUCAUUUGAAAGAGAUUAGUUUACAUUUUCGAUCUUUCAGUGGGAAAAGAAUGGUUUGCUCGAGGGAUGGGUUUCCUCAAUUGCAUAAGCUAGAAUUUAUUGGAUUGGAGGAGUGGGAAGAGUGGAUAGUAGAAGAAGGCUCCAUGCCCCUUCUUCAUAAUCUCAAAAUUGGCUAUUGUCCAAAGUUAAAGGAGCUUCCUGAUGGACUGCGAUUCAUCACUUCUUUGAAGAGUCUGAUCCUUUUUGAAAUGGCAAAUGAACAGAAGAAAAGACUGUCGAAAGGAGGAGAAGAUUAUUACAAAGUCCAACACAUUCCUUCUGUUAUAUUCUAUGAUUGAUCUCGGCAACAGUGAGUCAGACAACAGCUCAAGGAGACGAGACUCUCAGCAAUUACGGGCUAUCAGUGGCAAACAGAGUAUAUUUUACAAGUGAAACAUACUGGCACACUGACGCGGUGAAGCUGUUCGACGGAAGUGUCUAACUGAGACACUUGAUCUCCUGCACUGCUUUAAGUUUGCCUAUUAUUAGUAUUCUCUUUACAUUUUCUUGUAUUUGUUCUUCUUAAAGAUUUUAACAACAUAUCGAUUUUUUUUUUUUUUUGAGAUUUUUCAUUUUGUUUUUGUAACUCGAAAAUUUACAUGCCUUUGUACAAAGAUUUAUGGAUUGAUUUCCACAGAAUAGUUGUUUUUUUUUCAGUAAAUAUUAUUUGGAUUAUGAACUCAUGAAUCCUCCUCUCCUCUGGUGUUUGAGCAACAGAUAUAUGGCUGAGACACUGUUUUGUCUGUAGCCGAGAAACUACGUGACCUUCUUGCCAAUGGGUGUAGUAUGUAUAAAACUAUCUUCAUCUCUCAGUAAAAAAAAAUCCCACAGUUGGAGAAUCUUACUGUAUAUGAUCGAGUCUUGUUGCUUAUUAGCUUCAGAGGAAGAGAGUCCAAAAAAUUCCUCCAGUAUAGCUGCUGACCCUUUGCUGUCUUCCUUCAUUUCUCCAAUGGCGGAUGGACUUUUCAUUUCAGAGACGAGUUCUGCCAAAAAGACAUCAAACCAGAGUUUGCCUGAACGGAGUGUUGAGAAGAAGUCGCUUUCAGCAGAGGAUCACAGAGAAAAGUUGAAACAGAGCGAGUUCGUUCAAGGGGUUUUCUGCUCAAUGAUUCUUGAUGAUGAUUUAUAAAGGAGAGAAAAAAAUAACUUUGUCUACAAGUAUUAUUAGAUCAUUCAACUGUUGGAACAAAUUUAAUGGAGUUGUUGUUUGUUUUCAACAAGUGAUAUGGUGGGAUAACCAAGAAUAAUGUUAGAGAAGCUUUGUAUUGAAGAGUCAAAAGAGAUACAUGAAUAAUGAGUAUUAUUUAUCUUAUUGAA